AUGGCCAAAGUCGACACUACCGAGCGGCUUGCGGAGCUCCGCAAGCUCAUGAAGGAACGCAAUGUCGACAUCUACAUGGUCCCCUCAGAAGACAGCCACCAGAGCGAGUAUAUUGCGCCCUGCGACGCCAGACGAGGCUCGGCUGGCUAUGCGGUCAUCACACAUGACAAGGCAGCCCUCGCCACGGACGGACGGUACUUUAACCAGGCCGAGAAGCAGCUGGAUGGCAAUUGGGAGCUGCUCAAGCAGGGAAUCCAAGACGUGCCCACGAUACAAGACUGGACAGCAGACCAAGUCGAGGGGGGCAAGGUCGUUGCCGUAGAUCCCAGCGUAGUCACCGCAGCCGAUGCCCGCAAACUCGCUGAUAAGAUCAAGAAGAAGGGCGGAGAGUACAAAGCCGUUGAUGACAAUCUGGUUGACAAGAUAUGGAGUGACCGACCCUCGCGCCCCCACGAAAAGGUCAUUGUGCAGCCAAUAGAGUUCUCUGGAAAGAGCUUCGAGGACAAGAUUGAGGAUUUGCGCAAGGAGCUAGAGAAGAAGAAGAGCCUAGGCUUUGUCGUCUCCAUGCUCGACGAGAUUGCCUGGCUGUUCAACCUUCGUGGCAGCGACAUUCCAUAUAACCCCGUCUUCUUCUCCUACGCCGUAGUCACGCCAACGACCGUUACCCUCUACGUCGACGACCACAAGCUCCCCGAAGAGGUCAAGAAGCACCUCGGCGACAAAGUCACAAUCCGCCCAUACAAUGCAAUCUUCGAGGAACUCACCACACUGAGCAAAGAAGCGUUUACGAAAGACAAGGCUGAUGCAACGAGCAAGUUCCUGACCUCGUCGCGAGCAUCAUGGGCACUUAACAAGGCUCUUGGCGGCGAGGACAGGGUUGAAGAAACACGCAGUCCUGUUGGGGAUGCAAAGGCUGUCAAGAAUGAAGUGGAGCUGGAAGGUAUGCGGCAAUGCCACCUCCGCGAUGGAGCUGCUCUGAGUGAAUAUUUUGCAUGGCUGGAGGACCAGUUGAUCAACAAGAAGGCUGAGCUGGACGAAGUCGAUGGUGCAGACAAGCUCGAGGCAAUCCGCAAAAAGCACGACAAGUUCAUGGGCCUAUCCUUUGAUACCAUCUCAUCGACGGGGGCGAACGCUGCUGUCAUUCACUACAAGCCUGAAAAGGGCGAAUGCGCCGUCAUCGAUGCGAAGGCUAUUUAUCUUUGUGACUCGGGGGCGCAGUACCGGGAUGGCACCACAGACACUACCCGGACAGUGCACUUUACGGAGCCAACGGAGAUGGAGAAGAAGGCCUACACACUGGUCCUCAAGGGCAACAUGGCGCUUGAGCGCGUCAAGUUCCCCAAGGGAACUACAGGCUUUGCACUCGACUCCUUGGCCCGCCAGUUCCUCUGGGCAGAGGGACUCGACUACCGCCACGGCACUGGCCAUGGUGUCGGUUCGUUUCUCAAUGUGCACGAGGGCCCGAUAGGCAUUGGCACUCGGGUACAAUAUUCCGAGGUCUCGCUGGCUGUCGGAAACGUAGUAUCGGACGAGCCAGGCUACUACGAGGAUGGCAAGUUUGGUAUCCGCAUCGAAAACAUGAUUAUGGUCAAGGAGGUCGAAACCAGUCACAAGUUUGGCGACAAGCCUUAUCUAGGAUUCGAGCAUGUCACCAUGACUCCCCACUGCAGGAACCUGGUUGACAUGAGUCUCCUCGGCGAGGACGAGAAGCAGUUUAUCAAUGACUAUCACAAGGAGGUUUAUGAAAAGACGAGCGGCUACUUUGAGGAUGAUGCUCUUACGCUCAAGUGGUUGAAGCGCGAGACAGCACCGUAUUAG